GGAGUGUCAUGUCCAUACUGCCAAGCUAAUCUGCAGGUAACACCCCUUGAAAGAGAGAUUCUGGGAAAUGAUGAAGCGGGGAAGUGCAUCGCGGGGAUAUUAUCGAACUAGAGAUCUUUGGACAUUCCAUUUUAUUCGAGUAAAGUAUAAAAGAACAGAAAGGACGUACUCGGACAACGUUCAUUAAUUGGUAUGGUUCAUCACAUGUGUUAUCAGCAUCUUGCCAUCCGGUUUCCUUUUGGUCACUUCUGAUAUUUCCCUCUGCGAGGAUGAGGCUGUGGCACACUUUGAAUACCGCCCUUGCCCUUGGAUUGGCAACCCCUUCCACAGCUCAAGACUGGCCAUUGCACGACAAUGGUCUGAAUAAGGUUGUUCAAUGGGACCACUAUAGUAUCCAGGUUAAUGGAGAAAGGCUGUUCCUUUGGUCUGGAGAGUUGCAUUUGUGGCGCAUCCCCGUGCCCGAGUUAUGGCGUGACAUCUUGGAGAAGAUUAAGGCAGCUGGUUUCAACGGAAUUGGCCUUUAUGAGCACUGGGGAUGGCAUGCUCCUAACAACGAGACCUUAGACUUCGAGACUGGUGCACAUGACUUCGCAAAGGCUUUUGAACUCGCAAAGGAAAUUGGUCUUUAUGUCAUCUACCGACCGGGUCCAUACAGCAACGCUGAGGCAAAUGGCGGAGGCUUCCCCGGUUGGUUGACUACAGGCGAGUAUGGCCCACUCCGCGACGACAGUGAGAAAUACACCAAGGCUUGGACUCGGUACUCCAAGGCCGUUGCAGACUAUGUCCGUCCAUAUCUCAUUACCAACGGAGGGCCUAUCAUCAUGUGGCAAAUUGAAAACGAGUACGGAGUGCAAUGGCUUGAUCCUGAUCUGAAAACACCGAAUGAGACCGCUAUUAAUUAUAUGGAGCUUCUUCAGGACAGCCAUAGAGAAUGGGGUAUCGAUGUUCCUCUCACCCACAAUAACCCCAAUAUGCGGACCCGAUCCUGGUCGAAAGAUUACAGCAGCGUCGGUGGUGAAGUCGACAUGUAUGGCCUUGAUCAUUAUCCGGCCUGCUGGACCUGCGAUCUAGACCAGUGCCUGUCAGUGUCAUCGACCCAGCCUUCGUUCCUCAUGGAGUUUCAGGGAGGCUCAUUCAACCCCUGGGAUGGUCCAGCGGGCGGCUGUAAGGAGAAUAUGGGACCUCCUUGGGUCAAUCUGUUCUUUCGGCAUAACCUGGCACAGAAGGUAUCUGCUGUAAACAUCUACAUGCUCUAUGGAGGAACCAACUGGGGAAACAUUGGCUUCCCCGAGGUCGGUACCAGUUAUGACUACUCGUCGCCCAUCCACGAGAAUCGCUUAAUCGGCGACAAGUUUAACGAAGCAAAGCUCUUUGGCCUUUUCAUGCGAUCUGCCCGCGACUUCACCAAGGUGAAGCGAGUAGCAAACAGCACGGCGUAUGCUACAGACGGAAGUAUACUCACCACUGAGCUCCGAAACCCCGAUACUGGCGCGGCCUUUUACGUUGUCCGCCAUGAAUACUCCCCUUUAACGGAGCUGACCAAAUUCCGCCUGAAUGUCACCACUGAGGCUGGCAGAUUGAGGGUCCCACGCAAAGGAUCAAUCACAAUCAAUGGAACGGAGUCCAAAGUUCUGGUCACCAACUUCAAUAUCGGUUCAUCCAGCAAGAAGAUCACUUACGCUACCUUGGAAGUCCUCACCGUCAGCGACCUAGGUGAUCGUCAAGUUGUUGUCUUCUGGGCCCCGGCAGGCGAACAGGGCGAGUUCUUGAUUAACGGCGCCAAGUGGGGCAACGUCAUAGGAAAGAAUAGCAACGAUACUUUGACAAAGACCAGAAAUGGUAUUGUGACAAAUGUGGUCACCGGCAAAGAGUCGACAGUCAUUGAUUACGACAAUGACGUCCAAGCUGUGGUGGUCGACCGGCAGUCUGCGUACAAGUUUUGGGCUCCGACUUUGGAUAACAACCCCCUUGCAUGGGAAAGCUCAACCGUUCUUGUCCAUGGGCCUUAUCUCAUCCGUACCGCCAAAAUAAACGGCGACACCAUCCACGUCACGGGUGACUGGAACGAAGAGACUGACUUAGAGAUCUGGGCUCCGAAGAAUGUCAAACAUGUUACAUUCAACGGCUUAAAGGUCAAGGUCAUGAAGUCCAAAUACGCAAGUUUGAGAGGCACUCUUCCCGCCGCCGACGUUACCAUUGAAAGUCUUGCUGCUGAGCUGCCACCCGUUAUCAACUGGAAAGUGGCAGAAAAUCUCCCAGAGACCGCUGUAAACUAUGACGACUCUAACUGGACUGACGCCGAUCAUAUGGAAACUCCUCAUUUUGUUCCUCCCGAUACCUACCCCGUUCUGUUUGCAGACGAGUAUGGCUACCAAGCCGGUAACAUUCUUUGGCGAGGUCGAUUCCACGCUUCAGAAGAUCAACCUCCCUCAGGCGCAUACCUCCGUGUCAUUGGAGGCCUGGCAAGCGGGUUUUCGGCCUACAUCAAUGGCGAAUUCCUUGGAUCCUGGUAUGGCUCAAUGGCCAAUAAGACAGGGGAGCUAGAGGUCUCAUUCGAGGAUGUCACGCUCCACACAACCAAGGAAAACGUUUUAUUCGUCAUCCAAGACACCAUGGGCAAGGAGCAGCGCGAAGCAGCGCCCGAUCCACGCGGCAUUCUAAACGCAACAUUGUACGCUGCAGAUGGCUCGGCUGCGAACUUCUCCUCGUGGAAGGUGGCCGGCAAUGCUGGUGGAAACCAUCUCCUCGAGCCAAUACGCGGUACGUACAAUGAAGGUGGCCUUCAUGCAGAGCGUCUUGGCUGGCACCUACCGGGAUUUGACGACAGCCAUUGGGAAUCAGGAGUCCCCGGGGACGGAUUCACCGGCGCUGGUUCACGCUUCUACAGGACCGUCGUGCCAUUGGAUAUUCCGAGGGGCUAUGACGUUAGCUUAGCGUUUCAACUGCAUACUGAGAAAAAGGCGAAGCUUCGGGCUCAGCUAUACGUGAAUGGGUAUCAAUUUGCGAAGACUUUACCUUUUAUCUCUAACGAAAGAACCUUUCCCGUAUUUCCAGGUAUCCUCAACUAUAGCGGUAACAACACUGUCGGCCUUAGCGUUUGGGCCAUGGAGCAAGCUGGAGGGGCGGUCGAUGUGAAAUGGAAGGUCAUGGGUGUACAUAGAUCAGGCUUUGAUCCCCUGUUUGAUGGCGAAUAUCUUCGGCCUGGAUGGAGGGAUCGCUCACAGUAUGCGUGA